AGCGGGACGGGGCCGUGCACCCAGGGACAGGUGCAUUCCCACUUACCCUGCCCACCUGCCUUGCCUCUAGGGAAGCGGAAGAUCCACUACCUGUUCGAGGAUGGGAAGGAGAUGGCCGAAGAGUACGACAUGAAGACCGGUCAGUUAGUGAGUAGAAAAUGGCGAGAGAAGAACACCCUCGGGGGUUCCGGCAAGUGGCAGGUUGAAGUGGGAGAGCCAACCUCGCCGCUCCUGGGAGCACCAGAUUCAGAAUUCAUAAAGGAAAGCAGCUCCAAUCCUGUCUUCAUGAGGAAGGACACCCUGAGCAGCUUCCAGUGGCGGAUCCGUAACCUGCCCUAUCCCAAGGAGGUCUACAGUGUCUCCGUGGAGAAGGAGCAGCGCUGCUGUGUCAUCCGGACCACCAACAAGAAGUACUACAAAAAGUUCUCUAUUCCUGACCUGGACCGAUACCAGCUCCCCUUGGACGCAGCUGCCCUGAGCUUCACCCAUGCCAACAACACCCUAAUCAUCACGUACCAGAAGCCGAAGGAGAUCCUGGCUGCAGAGGAGCAGCUGCAGAAGGAGCUGAAGAAGAUAAAGGCAGCUAACAAUGGGGAUGGUGACUGUAAGACCCAGUAGGCCGCGGCUGCUAAGAAGCUGAGGUAGGGGGCAGCUCUCUGGCAUAGCUUCACGGUAUUUAUUUUGCCUUUUCUAAUAAAAAUUAGCCCUGUUGUUAAUAGAGCC